UAUAGUAUUAUUAAAACAGACGAGAUAACUGCGUGAAGAAAGAAGCAUGCCUCAGCAUCAGAGUGUGAAGGGUUUCCGAAACUGCAAAGCAUCGUCUUCCUCGCCAACUCUCGUCUACGGACUUCUCGACCGGAAAAGCUUCCUUGUUCUUCAACGGCGUGCCGUGGAUAAGCAAGCAUAAGUUGGUUCGCCGCUGGGUUUUGGCGUUCUUUAUUGGUGUCCUGAAUUUAUUGAUCCGUUUGCUUUCUAAUUUGAAUUUAUUGAGAGGGAAAGGCAGCGAGAGGAAAUAUAGCCGAGCGUUGGUGAUUAGAAUAAUUGCGUUAGAUCUGUUUCAAGGGAAGGAUGAGUACGAGCCGGGGAAGCGGCGCCGCAGCGGAGCCUAUUCCGGCGGGGGCGCGGAAAGUGGUUCAGAGUUUGAAGGAGAUAGUCAACUGCUCCGAGGUGGAGAUCUAUGCUGCUCUCAAGGAAUGCAGCAUGGACCCUAACGAGGCCGUAAAUCGUCUUCUCUCUCAAGAUCCAUUCCACGAGGUGAAGAGUAAACGAGAAAAGAAAAAAGAGGGCAAGGAUCCCCCUGAAUCCAGGUCUCGCGGAGCUACUAAAAAUUUAAGCCGUGGCAACAAGAUUGGUACUGAUCAUUAUGGGGGGCAUGGUGGUUCAUCAUCAUAUAAUUCUUCUGAUUUAGCUCCAUUGCCUGGAAAGACACCCUAUAAGAAAGAACAAGGGUCAAUUCCUCAUUCGGGCUUUUCAUCUUCAGUGCCAGGCAUGUCAGCGAACACUAGAAGCAGAGGAUCAGUGGGCCUCAGUAAUGGUCCCCCUGGAGAAAUGAAAACCUCGCCAUGGGGCACUGUUGAUGCUACUCCAUCUAGUGACGAACAGCCAACUUCUGUUCAUCAAUCUGCAUGGAUGGGUGCUCCUGGUCAACUUUCCAUGGCUGACAUUGUAAAGAUGGGUAGACCACAUAAUAAAGGGUUGAAUGCUUCAAAUGCAUUGAAUGGCGAUUAUCCAGUGCCAAGUGUGACAGAUCAUAAUUUAAGAUUUCCAGACGAUCAUGUGGGUGAAGCUCCUGAGUCUGGAAUUUCUUCCAUGCAGUAUGCACCGACCAGUGAAGAUUGGCCUAUUGAUGAAAAUCCAACUGCUUCGAAAGUGAUUACUGCCCCAGCUCCAGCCCCAGAAUACACUAUUGACCGUGAGCAGCAUCUAGAGACAUCGGAUGCACUUUCUGGCAGUGUUGAUGAACAUUUUGAGGAGGAAGAGGUUCAAGAAUCAGAUGAUGGAAGGUUGGAAGUUUCUGGGACUCAUCAUGUUGGAUCUGAUUUUGUAUAUGGGAGGAAGAUUCUACAUGACAAUUCUGGUGGUCCUCCAGUGUUUGAGAAUGAUAUGCAUAAAAACAUGGGCUCUUAUCAGCAUCAGACUCCUGAAUAUAAUUCAGAUGAAGAACCUGGUGCUUCAGUGUCAGCAGUUGCCCAAAACUUACAACAAUUAAGUGUGGAAGAGGAGUAUAAUGACUUGCCAUCUUCGAAAUGUGUGCCCUCUGUAUUAAUCCCAGAUCACUUGCAAGUUCAAGAUGUUGAUUGUUCACACUUGAGGUUUGGUACCUAUAGAUUGGACAUGAAUGCUGCGUACUCUUCUGGGACUAGAACUUCUAUGCCUGUAAAACAUGACUUGGAGCAGCCACAUGCUGAUGCUGGUACUUCAUCAGUUGGGCAUCACGAGACUAGAAGCUCAGAGUAUUUUGAUGAUUCACAUACAAAUGCUGCUGAUGGUAGAUUGUUUCAUAGAGACAGUGCAAGUGCAGGGAGCUAUGUGGCUGCUGCUUCGAAACCAGAGGAAUCUCAACCUGAGGAUAUUGGAGUGCCUCGUAAUGAUUAUCAUUUUCUUAAUUCCAAUUCAGGUUACAACUUUGAUGAUGCCCAACGCUUAAAUGCUGCUCUCAGUCAAACAAAUUCUCAGAUGCAAAAUCUCACUCCCUUCUCAAAUGUUAUGCAGUCGUACACGGACUCAUUACCGAGCACUUUACUACUGGCUAAUAUACCUCCCAGUAGAGAAUCUGAUCUUCAGUACUCUCCAUUUCCUGGUACACAAUCAACAGCUGCUAAAUAUGGAAAUUCUGUCUCCUCCAUUGGUGCUUCAGUAAUUUCUAUGUCCGAGGCAUUGAAGACUGCUGGUUCCUCAUCAGCACAGACAGCUCCACACAACCUCUCGGCGACUAAUGUUGCCACAGGACCUCCUCAGCAACAGCACCUAACUGUACAUCCAUCAUAUUCACAGCACACUCUUCCGUUGGGUCCAUUUGCCAACAUGAUCGGUUACCCACUGUUGCCUCAGAGCUAUGCCUACAUGCCUUCUGCUUUUCAGCAAGCAUUUGCCGGCAACAACUCAUACCAUCAAUCUCUAGCAGCUUUACUUCCACAAUACAAAGGUGAUGUUUCUGCAGGGAGUUUGCCUCAGUCUGCUGCUAUUCCAUCCGGAUACGGCGCCUUUGGAAAUGCAACGAUUCCUGGAAACUUCCCAAUCAACCCAGCCAACGCCCCGUCUGGGGCAACUCCCCUAAAUUACGAAGACGUUCUAAACCCUCAGAGCAAAGACAUUAGCCACUUGAUGGCUCUUCAACAGAGCGAAAACGCUGCUGCAAUGUGGCUUCAUGGACCUAAUUCCCGGACAAUGGCGAGCCCGUAUUACAAUUAUCAGCAAAGCGGCAGCCUGAGGCAACCGCAGCCGCAGCAAGCUCCCCAUAAUUACGGUGCACUUGGAUACCCGAAUCUCUAUCACUCCCAGCAGCAGGUGGACGAUCUACAGAACCCGCGAGACGGAUUGCUCGGUCCCUCCCACGGACAGCCGAAGCAGUCCCAACUUUGGCAGAACUACUAAGUUUUUAUGGCGUAUGGAUAUGCUGUGUAUCAGUCAGUCCAUAUUUCAGUGAGCUCUGAAGAGUUGUAAUCCAGUCCGCUUGAAGAACAGAUUCUAAUUUUGUCCUAGUGGGAUGAAAGAUGUUUUCCUUUUUCU